AUGUCGUCGCAACCACCUCAGGAACCCGCCGAGCAGGCCAACCCUUCUCAACCUGCUCAACAAGCCGCCGAGGAGGAGACGGGCGGGUACGCGCCUUUGGUCGACCCACGACUACCGACGCGCAAGGACACCUCGUUGAAGGAGUUCCUGGCCAAGAUCGAUGACUAUGCCCCCAUCAUCCCCGACGGCGUGACCAACUACUACAUGACCAAGGCCGGCCUUCCACCGCCGCCCCAGACCGACCCGCGCCUCGCGAAACUGCUCGCCCUGGCCACCCAAAAGUUUGUCGCGGACAUCGCAGCCGACGCCUACCAGUACAGCCGCAUAAGGGCGAGCAACUCGGCGGCUGCCAACAACCCGAUGGGCAACCUGGGUGCCGCCGCCGGCUACCCCAUCCCCGGCCAGCCAGGCGCACCGGGAGCUGCUGGCGGUGCCGGAGGCGCCAAGGGAGGACAGUCUGCCGCGGCCGGUCAGGCGCUGCUGGGCAUUCAGCGACCCGGAUUCGGCGGUGGCGGCCAGGGCGGCAGCCAGAACCGGACCGUCCUUACCAUGGAAGACCUGGGCAUGGCUGUUGGGGAGUAUGGUGUCAACGUCAAGAGGAGCGAGUUCUACCGAUGA